UAUAUAAAGUUAAUGACUUAAGAAUGCCUCUCUACGUUUUUUUAGGUAUUUAUCAUUACAGCUAUUAAUUCAUUAAUAACUAAAUAUAACCAACUGCUUUUUUUUUUUGUCCUCAACAUGACUAUAGUGGUUGACAGUAACGGCCUAAGUGAAAUUGUUGGUUUUUGUCUUCUGACCAGUGAAGACCAGGAAAAUGUGUCAGAUAUGGCCACAACAUUUAAAAAACAUAAUCCUCAAUGGAAAAAUAUUAAAUGCAUAAUGGCGGACAAGGAUUUUACUGAAAGAAAUGUGUUUAAACAACAAUUUUCAGGUUCACAAAUUUUGAUUUGCAUUUUCCAUUGUUUGAGGUCAAUGUCCCGGGAAAUAACCUCUGAAAAAAUUAAAAUUAUCUCUGAAGAAAGAGCUAAGUGCUUGGAAAUAAUACAAAGCAUUGUUUAUGCAAAAAAUGCAAUUCAUUAUGAUGAAAUCCACAAGAAACUUGAAGGCACAAAUAUAAAGUCAGUAAUCGAUUACUUUAAUAAAAAUUGGCACGGUAUCAGAAUAGAAUGGGUUAUAUAUUUCCAAUCCAAAUUUAUGACUCUUGGUAUAUUUUUUCUAUAUGUUAAUACUGUCAAGUUAGGUUUCAACUAUGUACUUCUUAUUUUAUUGUUUUAUGAAAUCGAACAAAUAAUCGACUAGAAAGUAUAAACUAAAAAAUUACCCAAGUAGUAACUAAAUUUUCAAGAUUAGAUCAAUUAUUUCAAGGUAUAUGAAAGUAUGGUUUUCAAUUUUUAUUUAUUUAUCAUAAUAAUAUAUGAAUUUAUAGGGUUAGAGAUGUUAAUAGUAAC